AAUGAUGCCAUGACAAUUAUCUCCAUUGUAUUUGCUAGAUCUUCCAUUGCGAUUGUUCAGGUGAAUCAUCUGACACAAAUGCAGACUCGAUACACUCUAGAUCAAGAGCUAAGCAGUUUGAAAUAUAAAUCGUCGAUUUCUAUCAGCAUAAUAAAUCACUCAGCUAGGCCUUGCAUGAGAUAAAAUCUUGAACUGAUUAUAUUCUUGACAGAUAAUAUAAGCUAGCAAACAUACAGCGUCACCUAUACCUAGCGUACAACCAAUGCAGAAUCACUUGAAAAAUGGCUUCUGAUACCACUCUCAUCCCUGAACUCUCCCCAGAUGUACGACUCAAAUACCUCGCCGAAGGAGGCGCCAACAUAGUUUAUCGCAUCAUCCUCUCAGUGGCAGAAGACAAAGUCCUACAGCAAGAAAUUCAACCAUCCGAAAUCCCUCACUACGGCCGAGCAACGCCUUCACCAACAGAAAUUGAAGACGAGGACAUCAACAUAGACUCUAAUGUUGAUACCGACAUAAACAUCACCAGCGGAAAACUGCUUCGUCUCCGAAAAAAUGUUCGUUACGGUCUUCCUUACCGUGAAACAGCGCACGAUUUCCAUACAAAGAUUCGUCCACUCUUCAAAACUGAAGAAUUAGUCGAUCAGAUCAUAGUGCGCAUCCCACCAUCGAUUAUUCAUCGAUGUAACGCCAGCCUGGUCGAAAGUGAACAAUUAGGACAACGCCCCAUUAUUCGACAUGGCGUCUAUCUUGCUGAAGAUGAGCCGUUGGGUAUGCUCGUUACUGAUAUGACCAACCAUUCUACGACAAAUGAUUCUGGCAUAAUAGUCGAAUUGAAACCGAAAUGGCUCGUGCAGUCCCCCUCUGCGCCGGUUAAUGCGCGGAGAUGUCGUACUUGCGCAUUACGAGAUAUGAAGUGUGCUGAUGAGCCGCUUGAUCUGACGAGUUCUACUACACCGAGAGAUGUACCUCCUGGGAAAGCGAGAUUUUGCCCGUUGGAUCUCACGUCUGAUAAGCAAGAGGAUAUGCAACGCACCGUACGGCAGAUAUUUUCCCGGUCUUUGCUACCUGCAAAGAUUGAUAUUGUUGCGCAGGCUCUGUAUCAGCAUCCUAUAAUACUGAAGCUUUUGGAGUUGCAACGAAUACAUAAUAAAGUUGGCUUGCAUGGCCCACCGUUUGCAUCAAGAGAGACUUCAUUAUCAAUGACGUUGCGAGAUUGUUCUAUAUUCGUGAAGAUCCCUUCUUCAGCCGGUCAAAAAAUGGACACUGAUAUCGCGCACAACAUCGACAUCCGUGUAGGCGAUCUCGAUCUCAAAUCAGCUGCGAAUGGGAAAGCAGAGUACUGGCUCAAUAUUGAGAGACGACUUAUCGACGAGAGAUGGUAUAUGGGGCAGCGAGAGAGCCAGUCUGUGACGGAAAAAGAAUGUGCUUUGAGUCGUUAAGGAGACUUAUGAUACCCAGAGCUAAAAUGGAAAUUUACUGUCGAAAUCCAUUCAUUCAAGAAGGAAUGUUCAUACAUGGCUGUAAAUGAUAAUAAUAAUAUAGUACUCGAAAUGAAAGGGAAUUUAAGCAACCUAACCCGCCCAUCUCCAUACCACAAUCUAUACCCUCCCGGAGAGACCAAUCCGAGAGAAAUAAAUUAUCAGUAAAUUAAAACAAUAUACGAAUGAAUUCCUUCCCUCUCACUUAUAUCCUUAGUUCCUCCAGUCAGCUACGCUACUAAUCAACCCCGUCGAGUACUCUUCUUCAUCAUCUUGCGCUGCUCCUUCUCCUUCUCCCUCUCCAAAAACUUUCUCUGCUCCUCAGCCGUCAUACCACGCAACAACCGCUCACGUUCUUCCUUCUUGAGUUUCUCAGCGGCAUAUUUGCGCUCUUCAGCUUUCUCUUCUUCGUCUGCGCGGCGCAGUUUGCGAAUCUCUUCUUCGCGGGCGUUGCGUAGUUUGCGGGUUACCUCGGGACGGAAGUGGGCGCCUGAGACCAGUGUGUCGGGGAGACGGAGGAAGUAGCUGUAGAGAGAUAGGGUGGAUGCGUAGCCGUUGGAGGGGAUGCUGAGAGAGAGUUGGAUACGCUUCUUGGGGGUGG